AUGGACACAUCAAAGGAAGGAAGGGGAUUUAUAUCACAGAUCAGUGAUAAUCUGAUUUUCAAGUUUUUUCCUCUGGCUCAAUCUACUGAAGAUGGCGUUAACCGUGGGUCUAAAUUGGUUUGUAGGAACAAUGCCGAUUUGUUCUAUGCAAAUGGAAACAGUAUCAGAAUGACCACAGUAGGUCCUUCUAUGAACAAAUACAGAUUGCUAGAAAGCAGUCAUGGAAAUUAUGAAAUCAAAAGUUUAGUCAUGAAUACUCUGGGUACAUUGAUGGCUGUGAUCGGCGAUGAACAGGUAACUGUGGUAUCGUUACCAGCGUCAAUCAAUAGUUCUGACGAUUCUUCAAUUCCAUCCAAGGAUUAUCAAAUCAAAGGAAUCAGGGGGAAACCAAAAGUAGUUUUGUGGCAUACAGCUAUGGCCAACGACUGCGGCCUAGUAAUACUCAAUGAUAAAUCUGAAAUUCAGUUGUACGACUUGUCCAUCUCGAGUGACGUGCCCCAGGUGAGCAUCAAUGACAGUAAGUUAAUGGGACAAGAAGUUGUUUCAAUGUCCUUUGGAUCGCGAAAUACUUUAGCUGGAGCAUUGACAUUGUUUGUAGUGAUAAAGAAUACUGGUGUAUGUCCAAUUUACCCCUUCACGUUCAAUCUGGCAAAGAUAUCAACGAAGAAAGAACAAAUAGAGAACCAGAUUGAAGAAAUAACUGAAAUAAUUAGCGAGAUUGAUGAAGAAUUCUUACUGAAAGAACGAGAAGGAGAUAAAAACAGUCUUUUAAGAGCCUCAUGUGUUCAACAAUAUGAAUACUAUAAUCAUUUGCUCAGACAAAGUAUGUCCAACGUUCCACCGAUAAAAGAGUUUAGAGGAAUAUUUUUCGAAAAGCCUGAGGAAUAUCUAAUUUUGGAGCAAGCCUUGCCCCCAGACUAUAAGCCUGUGAUCCAGGCACCAUUAUCUCAAUCCUCAAAGAAUACGAGAGACUUUAUUCCAUUAUACUCAAACAAAGUAGGCAACAUAUUUGCAGCAGCAUCAAAUAAUGAAUCAGAUAAUAUAACUAUAAGCUACUAUGCACAAUUGAGACCUUUGAUAAUGAAGUUUUGGAGUGAAGAGGAAAAAGAUCAGGAAAGAGUCGUAGAAUCGAAGGCAUCGGAAGAGAAGGGAAAGAGAUUGAAGCAUACUGGAUACAUAAAGCCUAAGAAAGGUUUUGGAUUUGUCGACUUAUCUGAUACAUCCGAUGAGGAACAAUUUGAAGAAGAAGAUAAUAGCCCCAAGGCAAAAACUGAUCCUAAAUUUUCGAUGGAGCAAUCCAAGUUAUGGAUCGACAAGUACACAUCUUUAUCAUCUUUAGCGGUAGAUGUAUUGCCAAUUAAGGUGAAAGAAAUUGCUUUGCAGCUCUUUCCAUUAGGUGAUAAGGGCUAUAACUUUGCAAUUAAAAUAGGAACAACUCUUAUAUCUUCAGAUAUAUCUUCUUGGAUAGAGAAUUUCUUCAAAAGUAUCCUCACAUUGGGGAGGUUGCCUGAAUUUUUGAGUGAAUAUAACGUAAUCACGAAUGGUCGACAGACAAUCAACAGCUUGGCAGUCAUCAAGGAUAGGAUGACAUAUACCGGGGAAUACAUAAUAUUGCUAAAAAAUGGAAGUAUUGAUAAUUUGGAAGUCAAGCGUAUCUCAGUGAUAAGUCACUCUGACGAUCUUGUUAAAAUAAAGCGCAUCUCUGCUUAUGAUAUACCUGAACAACCAGUCUUGCAGUGCGAACCGUUUGAUGAAAUUUAUUUAGAAUUAAAUGGCUUGAAGCAGUUCUCGCCCGCUACCUUACAAUCAAAAUUGGAUAAAUCCUCUUUGAGUUUCAAAGUUAAAACUGAUGACGUGAAAGUUUUAAAGGAAGUGCAUUUGUUAUCCAAUGAAACGAUCAAACAAGUUGCAGGUUAUACUAAAUUCAUGUUACAUUUUAACUUCAGAAUUGAGGAACAAUUGGGAGUAUUAAAGUCACAAGUUGAGACCUUAAAGGGAAUAGAAAAGGAUUCUAAAAUAAACAAGAGAGAGCAAAAACUAACUCAGUUGAUUGAAAAGCAGGGAAACCUUGACAAAAGAGUGUCGUCCUUACAGGACAAGCUAUUAAAUAAGAUCCAGAUUCUCAGGCACGAAAGCUCGCUUCCAUUAUCAAACGCAGAAAAUAAGUGGUUUAAGGAAAUUAACUCAAUCGCCAAAAUGGUGCAGCUGGAUUCAGAUGAUAAGGAGAGUAUAAAUUAUACAAUAAAAAAUUUAGAAUCUCAAGUCAAGUACUUGAAAGAGCUUGAAAGGGAUUCCAAUAACAUUGCAGAUCUGAGAGGAGGUUAUUCCAGUUAUUUAAAUUAUUGCAGAGAAAUGACCAAAUUGAAGUAUUGGCUAGAUGAGGAGGCUAAAUUGAUUGAAAUUUCUAAAAUCAAACUUGAAGACCAAUUUAAAAAAUUGAGUCUUCAAAGCUAA